CCCGCGGACUUCCAAAUCGUCGCGCAGUCCCCGCACCAAAUCCAGCCGUCAAGAUGAUGAAGUCGGCGCAAGCCCCCGCCGCCGCCCCGGCGCCCUACUCGCUCGCCGCCUCCCUGGUGCUGUCCUGCCGCCUCAGCCCCGAGCAGGAGGCCGUCCUCGAGGCGUCCUUCCAGCGCGCCAAGAACGUGGACCCCGUGGAGAUGGAGCUCCUCGCCGCCGAGAUGGGCGUCCCGGAGGGCGACGUGCAGACUUGGUUCACUGCGCGCCUGUCAGCGUGGAGGAAAGAGCAGGGCUUGGGCGCGAAUCUGAAUGGAUUGGUCUAAUUUUUAAGUAGUCACUCUUUCUUUUAAGUUUAAUGAUGCCUCAAAUAUGAUACCUCCAACCCCUUAUUACAGCCUGCAGUACCCAUGUUGCUAGAACAAUAAUAUUUAGAACCCUCUUUAAUUUUUUGAACAGUCCAAUCAAUAAGAACAGAAAUAAGUUCAAUUUUGUUUGAUAGUGUCUCCAAGGGGGUUGGGCCGUAUAAACUCUUUUCGUGCGAGGGAUCCAUCUCUACCGUCAUAUUACUUUGAACAGUUUUGUGGAGCCCGCCGCACGGAAAGUGUAUAGUAAGUACCUGCAAAUAAAAACCAUGUCAGAUCGACUUAAAAGUUUUGUUUACAAAAUGGAAAAUGGAUUCUAUGUUAAUUUACAUUCAGUUUUGUACAUAAAUGAAGGAAAAACACAUUUACCGAUACAAUGAAUUCACUACAAAAUUUUCACUUUCAUUGCAUGGGUUUUAGAAUAUAAUUGGAAAAGAGAA